AACACUUUCCAACGGAAUAUAGCGAGGGGGGUGAGUUUUACCAGGGUUCACCGGGGUCAGAAAGGACACGGGAAGUCGUCGAGGUGUUUGCGGCGGCUAGCUGUUGUGAAGUGGCUCUUCUUCGGGGAGGAAUUGAGAGCGGUUCCGUACCCGGUGGUGCUGGGCUAGAGCGUUAUGGCUCAGACGCUACAGAUGGCGAUCCCUAACUUUGGCAACAACGUGUUGGAGUGUCUCAAUGAGCAGCGUCUCCAGGGGCUCUACUGCGACGUCUCCGUGGUUGUCAAGGGACACGCCUUCAAGGCGCACCGGGCGGUCCUGGCGGCCAGUAGCUCCUACUUCCGGGACCUGUUCAACGCUGGAGGGAAGAGCAGUGUGGUGGAGCUCCCCCCGGCCGUCCAGCCCCAGAGCUUCCAGCAGAUCCUGGCCUUCUGCUACACAGGCCGCCUCAGCAUGAACGUAGGGGACCAGUUCCUCCUCAUGUACACCGCAGGCUUCCUGCAGAUCCAGCAGAUCAUGGAGAAGGGCACAGAGUUCUUCCUUAAGGUCUCCUCCCCUAGCUGUGACUCCCAGGGUCUUCAUGCAGAAGAGACUCCGCCCUCCGAGCCCCAGAGCCCUGUCACUCAAACCACAGGGGGAGGGGCUGGGGUGGUUUCCACGGCAGCAUGUAGGCCCGCCUCCUGCCUGACACCCCUCCCCCUGGUGUCGAGGGUGAAGACGGAGCAGAGCGGGACUACGCCACAACCCACACCACAGCAGCAGGAGGCCACUUCCUACUCGGUGGUGUGCAGCCCUGUCGCCAAGCGCCUGUGGGAGGGGGGCAACCGCGGUGACGGGGGAGGGGGGUCGGGAGGAGGAGGGGGGUCCAGGAAAGCCGCCCGCUACUCUUCCUCCUCCGCCUCCUCAAACAACUGCAACUCCCAAGAUGCAACGGGCAGAAAUGUUGUUAACCACAGUAACCAUAACAACAACAACAGUAACCAUAACAGCAGCAGCGUCGGGACGCCGGACGGAACGAGUCCGGGGACGCUGAGCAUGUACACCAGCGACUCGCCCCUUAGUUACCACGAUGACGAGGAGGAAGAGGAAGUGACCGAUGACAGCGCUGAAGAGCAGUACAGGCAGAUCUGUAACAUGUACACAAUGUACAGUAUGCUCAAUGUGGGCGCCACAGUAGCGGGCGAGCGUGUGGAGUCCCUACCGGAGCACCUCACGGCCGAGACCCGGGGCGGCAGGGGGGUGAGGCUACGCCAGGAUCUGGCUUCGCUACCUGCCGAACUCAUCACCCAGAUAGGUAACCGGUGCCACCCACGGCUGUACGAGGAGGGGGACCCUGCAGAGAGGCUGGAGCUGGUGACGGGUACCUCCGUGUUCAUCUCCCGCGCCCAACUCAUGAACUGUCACGUCAGCGCCGGCACGCGGCACAAGGUCCUACUGAGGAGGCUGCUGGCCUCUUUCUUCGACAGGAGUACUCUAGCGAACAGCUGUGGGACGGGGAUCCGCUCUUCUACCAACGACCCCAGCCGCAAGCCCCUGGACAGCAGAGUACUGCACGCCGUCAAGUUUUACUGCCAGAACUUUGCGCCGAGCUUCAAGGAGAGCGAGAUGAACGCCAUCGCGGCUGACAUGUGCACUAAUGCCCGCCGGGUCGUCAGGAAGUCCUGGAUCCCGAAGCUCAAGCUCCUCAUGGCCGAGGGUGACGCCUACUCCGCUUUCCUCCAAUCAGACGCCAUCAAGAUGGAGGCUGACGCCCUGGGGGCGGAGCAUGGGUUCGACCCCAACUCCCUGGCAGAAGAGGCGGCGGCAGCCAAUAGCGAUGCGGGACCUUCUUCGGGGGAGGGGUUACAAGGCGUUGUGGGCGGAGACGGCAGCACUUUGUUUUAAAACAUUUGACUUGUUGCCAAGACUCCCUGAAAAGCAGAGGAGAUGUGUUACUGAAAGAUGGUUGAACAGUUGGUGACUGGAUGAGGAAGAAGAUGCUCUGAUCUGGUAUCCAUGUUGAUGAUGCAGUAUGAUUUCCUAUACGUCUACUGAAUUCUGUGUAGAGAGAGAGAGAGAGGGAGGAGUAAGGGACCGUUUAAAAUCAUGUCAGCUCACGCCCAUAUUCACAUUUCGAAGGAAAGUGACAUUUGUUGUCUCUCACUAUUAAGCAAGUAAUAACUGAAUAAUGUACUUGUCUUGCACUAUAAUACUAUAAUACAAGUCUUAUCCAAAUACUAGAAUCGUCUCCAUUUGACCAAGCUUGAAGCUGUGGGCUAGGGUGUAGGGGCUAGAGUGUAGAGGCAUUAUGUUAGAUGUGUGUACUGUGUAGUGUACACAGGGUGGACCCAUUCUGUAUUUGGUUUCGUUAUGGACUGAGGGAGGGUUGGUGUAUCCUGCUAAGAGGCAUUCAUGACACACACACACACACACACACACACACGGAUUAAAGUACCCUAGAGGACUAAUCCCUAUACAUCCUGGGUGGAUACAAUGGUGCCAAUUAAAGUAAUACGACACACACACACACUUUGCGUGUCAGUGUGUGGAUGGUGACAGAAGUGUGUGUUGUCACAUGCGGCAGAGAGUGAGAACCCAGACGGAGUGUGCUCACACACGCUUGGCUGACUCAUUCAUCCAUCUCUCUGGUGUGUGUGUGAUGCUGCAUCUCUCUCACACACACACACACACACACACACACACACCGGUGCACCCAGACUGAUCCAGCCGCAGCACACUGCCAGCCUAUAAACAUCACUGUAAAGCUCUGUUGAACACACCUUGUGAGAAACUACAGAGAGGAGAUGGACCUUGACAAGCCAUGAAUAACGACCAACUGUCAUUCUAGCUACAGCUCAUCAGUGAUUGGAUGAAAGAUGACUGUGGCAGUUCCCAUCUAUCACAGUACCAGUAGGGAGCCAAUGACACCACCGCCAGUAUCCCAUCAUACAGUAGAAUCAUGGCGUGUCAAAGAGGAAGGACCCGUUGCCCCUAAACGCUGAUCUAUGGUCAUGUUUGCCUUUUCCCGCUAGUUGUCAAGGUUUGGGGAGGGCAAGCUGAUCCUAGAUCAAGGGGUUUGUACUCUGAGCAGAAGUGAGCAUAGACAGGCUAGUGCUAUAGACACGGUUGUUAGUGAUAGCCUGGUCCCAGGUCUGUUUGUAGGAUCUUGCCGCCACCUUGUAACUCGUUGCGUAACAAUUCCAUAAGGAGUUGACAAGGGAGUAGAAACAGACUGGCACCUUGUAAUGCAGUUGGUGUCGGUGCCGACGGGGGGCUCCGUUGUGAUUGUCAGGCUUGGUCUGUUGUGUCACUGCACUGUUACUGUGGUGAUCUGCUGUGUGUUUGGGGUAGAAACACACACUAAAAUAUUCACACACACACACACACGCACACUAAAACACACACGCACACUAAAACACACACGCACACUAAAACACACACGCACACU